UCAGAAACUUAUAGCAGGACUGCUGCGGGCAUUCUAAAACUGGGGGGAACUGAUUUGGUGUCACUGACAUUCCCAGUGGCACCAAUACAGUGAUCAGUGCUAAUAAAAAGCACUGACACUGUACUAAUAGCAACUGGGCAAGAAGGGGUUAACAUGUGGGUUUCCCAAAGGGGUUAACUGUGUGCUGUUUUACUAUGUGGGCUGUGUCUGUGUUUCACUGUAAGCACCCUGCUUUGUAUGACUCUGCUAUGCAGAGCCAUACAAAGAAGUGUGCAGGAGCUGACAGGGGAGAAAUCUGUAUUGUUUACAUACAGGUCUCUCCCACGUCGGAGAUACUCGGCGAUCACCAGGUGACAGCGAGUAAU